UGCGAAAUCGGAUCAGUAGAUAAGUGUCUGAACAGGAUGGCACUGCCAAUCGCAAAAGGCCCUUGGAAACUGCAACAUAUCUGCCACUCAUCGACCUGUUCAUCUCCUUCUAAGCCUCGAGUUUCACAUUUGAGAUGUCUUCUAACGAUGAUCAGGAUGAUCUGAAGCCCUCUGCCACCCCAGGCUACAAGCCAACUGGCACUACAAAAACUGCAGAUGAAUACGCCAAGCUCGACGCGGAAGAUGAGAGCUUGGCACGGUGGAAAGCCAGUCUUGGCAUCACGCCUGGAGUAUCAACUGGGGACACCUCAGGACCAAGAGUGACAGUUCUGACCCUAGAGCUCGAUUCAUCCACACUGCCUCCUGGCAAGAAGCUUGUCUUCAACCUCAAGGACGCUGCCAAGAUCGCCGAUAUCAAGAAGAACCCAAUCACCAUCAAGGAGGGCGUAGAAUAUAACGUUCGGAUCACGUUUAAGGUGAACCACUCAAUUAUUUCUGGUGUACGAUACAUCCAGCUAGUCAAACGCGCGGGCAUCAAAGUGGACAAACUCGAGCAAAUGCUUGGAUCAUACGGUCCCCAUCCCCAGGGAGAACCAUACACGAAGAACUUUGAUGUAGAGGAAUCGCCGUCGGGGCUUGUGGCACGUUCAGGAUCGUACAACGUCAGAAGCCGCGUUGUGGACGAUGAUGGAGAAGUAUACGCAGACUGGGAGUGGUCGUUUAAACUUGCCAAGGAGUGGUGAAUGAAGACUUCUCGCCUUGUCACUUUAUGACCUUUGUUGCAUUACCCUAUGGCAUCAUUUUGCAUAUCAGCCCUCGUAUCUCCCCGGAUGUGCCUUUUGUACCCUUUCGAACAGUCGCCACCGACAUCAAGUGCCUGCCGAAGAAAAGUUCUUCAGGCUGACUGAAGUUUUCCGCUGAAGAAAGUAUUUAGAUAUAACUGCAGGCUAUGGAAAAAUUGACUGGUCAGGUCGUACUAGUAGCGGACUGUGGUGCUCUGUUAAAUACGCUAAGCACGCAGGAGAUUUGACAUAGUUCACAGUAAUACAACCAGUGCAGACGUACGGAAAACAGUGGACCCUGAGCGCUGAGCGAGAGAACGAAAG